GUGUUCCUAUAAAACUCUCUCUCUCUCUCUCUCCCCCUCUGUUCCUUCUCCUCCGCCCUCCAUUGCUAAAUCACAGUCACAGGCACGCAAUACAAGCAAACUCACAGCACAAAGAUUACAGUCUACAGACAGGUUCUAUAACAAGUGCAUGUGUGAGUUAAGAGGACAGGUAGAAGAUGAAUCUGCUGGGUUACGCAUCGGCCAUGGAUUUGGUGGCCUGGAGAGGCAUCGUCUUCACCAUGUUCAUACUCCAUUUCGUGUUCGCUUGCCAAUUGCUCCUCCUCCAACCUCUCGUCUCCGCCCUAGAUGGGAAACCCGGUGAUGUUGCUAAGUUGUUUGAAAGAGUUUCACAAAAUGUAAAGGUGAAACGUUAUAGUGAGGCACUUGAUGAUUUAAAUGCUGCUAUAGAGGCAGAUCCAACACUUUCAGAGGCAUAUUGGCAUCGUGCAUCUAUUCAACGUCAAUUGUGCAGAUAUGAGGAGUCAGAGAAAGAUUAUACAAAGUUUCUAGAGAUGAAACCUGGUAAUUCGGCUGCAGAGAAGGAACGUUCUCAAAUGUUGCAAGCUCUGAGUGCUCUUGAGACAGCUCAGAAUCUCUUUGAGUCAGGCGACAUGACGAAAUCAUUGCAUUAUAUCGACAAAAUUGUUCUUGUGUUUUCUCCUGCGUGUUCAAGGGCCAGACUUCUUAAGGUGAAUUUACUGUUAGCUGCUAAAGAUUAUUCAAGUGCCAUCUCUGAGACAGGAUAUCUUCUCAAAGAAGAUGAUAAUAAUCUAGAGGCAUUACUGUUACGUGGUCGCGCCUACUAUUAUUUAGCGGAUCAUGAUGUUGCUUCAAGGCAUUACCAGAAAGGUCUCCGUUCGGACCCAGAGCACAGUGAACUGAAGAAAGCAUAUUUUGGAUUGAAAAAUUUACUCAAGAAGACUAAAAGUGCGGAAGAUAAUGCGAGUAAGGGUAAGCUGCGUCUUGCAGUGGAGGACUAUAAAGCAGCUCUUGCACUUGACCCAAAUCAUUUGGCUCAUAACAUACACCUUCAUCUUGGUUUGUGUAAGGUCUUGGUUCAGCUUGGUAGGGGGAAGGAUGCCGUAACUAGUUGCACAGAAGUGCUUGACAUUGAUGGGGAGCUUGUUGAAGCUUUAGUUCAGAGGGGGGAAGCGAAACUUCUGAUAGAAGAUUGGGAGGGAGCUGUGGCAGAUCUUAAAUCUGCAGCGGAAAAAUCACCUCAGGAUAUGAAUAUUCGCGAAGUGCUAAUGAAGGCGGAGAAAUCGUUGAAGUUGAGCCAACGAAAGGAUUGGUACAAGAUUUUAGGAGUUUCAAAAACUGCUGCUAUCUCGGAGAUUAAACGGGCAUAUAAAAAACUGGCUUUGCAGUGGCACCCGGACAAGAAUGUUGAUAAUAGAGAAGAAGCGGAGGCCAAAUUUAGAGAAAUAGCAGCUGCAUAUGAGGUUCUUGGUGAUGAAGACAAACGUACAAGAUAUGACAGAGGAGAGGACCUCGAAGAAAUGGGUAUGGGGUCGGGGGGUGGUGGAUUUAACCCUUUUGGCGGCGGGGGACAGCAAUUCACAUUUCACUUCGAAGGCGGGUUUCCUGGUGGCGGCGGCGGCGGCUUUCCUGGUGGUGGAUUCGGUGGAUUCCAAUUUUGACCUGUCAAAGCAAGGGGAUUACUCAGCCAUUGGCUUCACACAGGAAGUUCAUGGAGUGCAACGCUCUCUGGAGCGGAAUUAAAGCUUGUGAGACUGACAGACUGACUGGUUCGUGGUGGUAAAAAAUCUUAGGCACCAUUUUUUUUCAAAUGUAUUUUAGAAGAGUUUAUAUUCCUAUGAAAAAGUUUUUGCUCUGCGGUUAUUCAUGUGACUCAGAUUAAAAGUUGAUAAGCCCUCGUUUGAGAGUAAUCAUGUAACAUAUUGCAUUAAUACGAAAUCGUUCUUUUCUUUCCA